AUGUCUUGUUUACAAGCGGGAUCGGUUCUUUCUGCAACGGUAGAACAAGCCUUAGAAAACUGUCUUCUUGUCUGUGUUAAACACAGAUCAAAAGUAUUCAGAGGAGUGCUUUUUGACGAAAAGAACGCCGUUGUCUGGAGGUGGGUUCACCUUGAUUUCCUCAGUGAUGAUAAAUGAUAAAUUGUGAAAAAUUAUUUCUUUGAGAUCCUUUAUGCAAUGAUCCUCCCAGUUGAAAAGUUAAAUGAAUUAACGAUUCACUGGUUUUAAUUUUUUCUGAAGUUUGUGUUUUUUCUGCUCACUAUUAAUAAAGAACGUCCCUCGAAGAACAAGCUACAAAUGUUGAACCAGAGAAGAAAACUUUAGGAAGUAGUAGUGUUAUCGGUGAUGGUGCCUCGAGAUGGUCAACACGACAAGCCAGCCUGUUUUACAAGCGACACAACAACAGAUCUUUUUCCAGCAGAAGGAUUCCUAGUUUAUUUAGCGAGGUGAAAGUCCUUACAGAUGCAGAUUUGAUCAAGGAAAGUCGAGAGAGUUCUAAAAACAUGGUGGACGAGAUGGAAAGUUCAACUAAAAGACCAUCUGCCUCUGGUUAUCAGAAAAGCAAGCAAGGACAGAUCACGAAAGCGAAGGAAAAUUCAAGAAGAAAAACUAAUCUUUCGAGCCAGAUAAAUGUUAGGAAUUCUAAAUGUGAAGCUAACUUGAAACGGAAGUCUUCAAAUCAAGACAGCUGUAGCAGAUCAAGGAAAAGGAGGCCAGACAGUGUGAAGGUUGUAGGGAAGGGUGUCCAGAAACAAACCCAAACAAAGAAACCCAAGGCUGAUUUCAAAGAUCCACUGAAAACUGAAGUAAAAAUGGAAAGCAAGUGGUCUCUUGGAUCAAAGAAUUUAGCAGCAAAGGGUGUUUCCUCAACACAGUUUAAAUUACUCUUGACUAACUCAUGUUCUGUUCCUGUUGUACCAGUUGAAGUUAUGUCAAGCAGUGGACAGCGACAACUUGGGGCUGUUCUGUCAUUUAAUAAACUUGAUCCACCUUUAUGUACAGUGACAAAAAGAAUGACUUCCAGCAAUGACAAAGAAUUGUUGACUUCUUUGACUGAUGAUCAGAAUGUUCAUGACAAUGUUGACAAAACAGAUCAAAAUCAAUCAAAACAGUCAGAUGCAGAGGUGAAUCCAACAAGCAGAAGAAUUGAAAACAGCAGUGAAAUUGCAACUAGAUCUGAGGGAACUGUUGAAGGAAAAGAAACAUGUGUCUCUAACAUUUUGCAUGAUCAGUAUGUGAGGUUGUCGCCUUCACAGGAACAAGACAUAGAAAGACAGGACAGUAAUAAGAUAACCCAGACUGAGGAAGUUGUAGAGGCUUUGGAUGAUUUUGAUGGGGAAAGAAACAACAAUGAGAGUGUGGCAAGUGAAGAACAACAGAAUAUUGGGACACAAGAGGCACAGCUUGUAAAUGUUCCUCUUAAAAGAUCAGCAAGAAUAAGUGAACGCAGGGAAUAUAUUUUGCACUCUCAACCAAAGAGUGCAAAACUUGGACACAAAAAAUCAUCUGUGGAAUCUAAUGUUUUGGAAGAAGUCGAAUCAGUUUUUGGUCAAGAUAAUGCUGUUUUGAAAUCAUCAGGCUCCCUUAUUUCAAACCAACCCACUGAAGGAUCAGCUCCCACAAAUCAAAACUCUCUUAAGCAAAAGAAUAGUGCUUCAUCCACUAAAUACACUCAGAGAAUGACCUGGAAACUUCAGCCCCAAAUGACACCGGCAGAUAACAUAAACCCUGUGUCUGUCGGUGACAUUGUGUGGGGUAAGGUCCAUGGUCAUCCAUGGUGGCCUGGAAGGGUGUUGGCAAUCAGUGGAAUUCGGAAUGAAGAAAGCAACAACCCUUGGGACAGGGAUGCACAUGUAUCAUGGUUUGGGUCCAACACCAGCUCUAUUAUGCACAUUCACAGUCUUCAGUUAUUCCUGCCCAACUUUGCCAAACGUCACAAAAAGCAGAAGAAAGGGUAUUACAGAGUAGCUGUUCGACAGGCACAGGAAGCCUUGACGGCUCUAAAUGGCACUGAUUGA